AUGGAUUUGAAGGUUCGGGAGGACGCUACUGCAAAAGACGAACCUACAUCACAGACGCAACCUGCCCCUAAACAAAGAUCCAUAGAGGAGAUUCUCCCGCAAGGGACAGAGUACUACUGCAUUGUUGAUGCUUCCUGGAAGUCACCAUCUGAGAAGAUUGAUAUAGGAUGGUCCUUGUUUAGCAAAGAAGGCAUACCUAGACUCCAAGGUAACUCUGCAAUGGAAUCUACUAACACAAGCUUAGAAGCAGAAGCAAUGGCUAUGUGGAGCACGAUCCAACAGAUACACAGAUACAACUAUGAGAAGGUAGCAUUCCUAGGAGAUUCUAUGGAAAUUGCAAGGAGUUAUGCCUACAUUCAAGAAAUCAAAUCCUUGGCUGCUAAUCAUGAAUUUAGCUUCCAUUAUGUACCUAGGAACUUUGUAAGUACUGUGGAUCAGUUAGCAAAGAAAGCCAGGAUUAAUAAUCAACAAUAUGUAAUUUUCUGGUAUAAUUGA